GGCUGCUCCUUCUGCUUGGCACUUCCCACGUGCGGUGCCGCAAACUGCUGAGAAAGGCAGCAAGCAGGCAGCCCAACAUCUCUGCUAGCUUUGGCAUUUUGGACGUGGGAAUUAGCAAAGCCUCUUUGAGAAGAUCUCCUUGCAGGGCUGCUUCUGACUGUGGAGGGAUUUAGACAGCCAGUUGGGUUUCUUUUUCCCUUCUGCUGGGUUUCUAUGGGUUACUUUCCCAUAGAUAAUUGCGUGACUCAGGAAGACAGACACAUACCUGGCAUUCUUGUGGGAACCAUAAUUCAAGAGGUGGUGUAGAGCAGUUUGAAGCUCUUUGAACACACAAGAGCAGCUGAAUUCCCCCGACUUACCUACCCAAACUAAAGCAAGUCCAGGCAAUGGCUACAUAGUUUUUGUGGAGCUCUUACCCAACAGAGGACAAACAUUUCUCAGGAAAGCUUGGGUCUUGCACCACCUAGGCACAGAGGCUUUUUGUCACCAGAGAAAUCACAGUUGUUUUUUCAGAGAGAGCAGCAGGAGGCAUUGCAAGCAGAUCUUUGAUGCUGCGGAUCAGAGAUGGACCCUGGUGAAAACUGGAAGCUGGAUGAAACAAACUGGUUGUCUCAUGGUGGGAUCCACCCCUUUUCCAAUGUGAAAGGAGACAAUGAGCUCACCGAAGGUGCCCCAGCCCUCUUUGCUCUGGAUCAGCUGGGCUCCACAUCUGUUUGUUACAAGCCAACCAGCCCAGUUCAGGUACUGGAAGACUCUGGCUUUCUCUACCAGGAUCACCAGUUGUUUGCUGGCAGGCAUGAAGUGUCCCCACUAACAGCUGAAGUGAUCAGUGCCAAAGAAAAAGCUGCCGAGGAGACCCUCUGCACCCUGCGCCCGCCCAGCUUCCGCCGUGUGCCAGAGGCGGAGAUGCGAGGGGCGGAGGAGGUGGCAGCCGGCACCGUCCUGCAGCGCCUGAUCCAGGAGCGGCUGAGGUAUGGCAACCCCAGCGAGAACAUGAACCUGCUGGCCAUACAGCACCAGGCGACGGGCAGCGCCGGCCCCUCCAACAGCACUGCCAGCACUCUCUCUUCCGCAGAAAACCUUGCUCCCGACGACCUGCCAAUGGUCCAGCCGUCAGGGCGGCAGGAACCACAGGGGCAGGAGCACCAGGGGGACGGUGCUGCCAUGGAGAAGCAGCCUCGGGCCCCGCAGCCCCCGCACAGCACCGAGGAGCUCCCCACCUAUGAGGAGGCCAAAGCCCAGUCCCAGUUUUUCCGUGGCCAGCCCGCACCACCAGCCACUGCCGCCACGCCGGGUUUCUAUGGCUCCUCCAGCCAAAAGUCCAGGACGGAGGGAAGGCCUACAGUGAACCGGGCCAACAGCGGGCAGGCGCAUAAGGAUGAGGCGCUGAAGGAGCUGAAGCAGGGCCACGUCCGCUCGCUGAGCGAGAGGAUCAUGCAGCUCUCGCUGGAGAGGAACGGGGCCAAGCAGCAUCCCCCAGCCCCAGGAGGUGGGAAGGGUUUCAAGGCAGCCCCACAACCCAGCAAGGCCACGGACCCACGGGGCCCGCCUCCCGAGUACCCCUACAAAGGCAAGGCAGCAGCCCCAGGCAGCAAGGCGCAGGAGCACGGGCUCUUCUACGGCGAGCAAUCAUCACAAGAUGUCCUCAAGGCCGCCUACGCCGCCCCCCAGCCCGCCCGGGCAGAGCUGGCCCUCGUCCGCUACCAGCCGCCCCCAGAGUACGGGCUCAGCAGCCGACAAUGCCAGCCGCCCUUCCCGCCACCGCCGGCCCAGCAGCACAGCCCCAUGUCCUCGCAGGCCACCGCUGGCCCUCUGCUCCCAGGCUCCUUGCCCCCGCUGCCGGCCCCUGUGGCUGCCCAGACCCCGACGCUGCCGGGCCAGCAGCUGACACCUGACGCCUUUGCCAUCGUGGAGCGGGCGCAGCAGAUGGUGGAGAUGCUCUCCGAGGAGAACCACGUGCUGCGGCAGGAGCUGGAGGGGUACUACGAGAAGGCAGACAAGCUGCAGAAGUUUGAAAUUGAGAUUCAGAGAAUUUCAGAAGCUUAUGAAGGUUUGGUCAAGACCACCACUAAGAGGGAGUCCCUGGACAAAGCAAUGAGAAACAAACUCGAAGGAGAAAUUAGGAGACUUCAUGACUUCAACAGGGAUCUCCGUGAACGACUGGAGACAGCCAAUAGGCAGCUGGCCAGCAGAGACUUCGAUGGGCACGAGGAUAAGGCAACAGAGGGCCUUUAUGCCACUCAGAACAAAGAGAGUUUGAAGGAGAAGGAAAAGUUGGAGAUGGAGCUGGCAGCUGUGCGUUCAGCCAAUGAGGACCAGCGGAGGCACAUCGAAAUCCUUGACCAGGCCCUAAACAAUGCACAAGCCAAGGUUAUCAAGCUGGAAGAGGAGCUGCGCAGGAAGCAGGCCUACGUGGAGAAGGUGGAGAAGCUGCAGCAGGCACUGACACAGCUGCAGGCAGCCUGUGAGAAGAGGGAGCAGAUGGAGCGGCGGCUGCGCACACGCCUGGAGAGAGAGCUGGACUCGCUGAGGAUGCAGCAGAGGCAGGGCAGCUACCAGGCAAGCAGCCUUCCGGAGCAUAAUGCCCCAGCCCUCAUGGAGCUGGUGAGGGAGAAGGAGGAGAGGAUCCUGGCCUUGGAAGCUGACAUGACCAAGUGGGAGCAGAAGUAUCUGGAGGAGAGUACGAUCCGGCACUUUGCCAUGAAUGCUGCAGCCACGGCUGCCACGGAGAGGGAUGCCUCGGCCCCCAGCCACUCGCACAAUGGCAGCUAUGGUGAGACGGCGCUGGAGGUGCGGGGCUGGCAGGAGGAGGAGGAGAUCGUGCAAGCCAACCGCCGCUGCCAGGACAUGGAGUACACAAUAAAGAAUCUCCACGCCAAGAUAAUUGAGAAGGAUGCCAUGAUCAAGGUCCUUCAGCAGCGGUCGCGGAAGGACCCUGGCAAAGCUGACAGUGCCAGCCUGCGACCGGCUCGCUCCGUGCCCUCCAUCGCCGCUGCUGCAGGCGCGCACUCGCGCCAGACCUCGCUCACCAGCAACCAGAUAGCUGAGGAGAGGAAGGAAGAAAAGCUCUGGAAGGGAAGCAUAGGGCUGCUCUUGGGAAAGGAGCACCAUGACCACCCAUCAGGCCCCUCUCUGCCUCCACCUCUGCCCUCCUUGUCUUGCAUGUCCGUCCCAGUGCCGGCAGCCUCCCACGCCAAGACAGGCAGCAAAGACAGCAGCACCCAGACGGACAAAACCGCGGAGCUUUUCUGGCCCGCCACUGCCUCCUUCCCCGGCCGGGGACGCCUGGGUACCACCCCGUCACACAGCCCAGCCCCACGGCCCCUGGGGACACGAGUGGCCAGCGAGAAACUGGAGAACUCCAGCCAUGGGAAGCUGCCUGACAGCAAAGGCAGAGUGAGCAGCCUGCUCCACAAGCCUGAGUUUCCAGAUACAGACAUGAUGGAAGUCCUCAUCUGAGCAGAGGACAGCAUCUCUGGGUUUUUGUGGGUGUUCUGCCAGGCCCAAGAUGGUCCUCGGUGUGCCAACCUUGAAAACUAACCCUGAGAGUCUGAAAAAAGACAAAGUUUAUUCCCAAACUGAAGCUAGAGUCUGACAAGUUGAGACUUUUUCACCAGGCGAGAAGUCAAGAGCACUGAAGAGGAGUGAUGAAAUGAACGUCUGACAUUUUCUGAACAGAAAGGAUUGUUGAAAAUGGAAAGUGGUGUGAGAAGGGGAGUGUUGAGGAAAAAGAAAACUGUGUUUUCUGGCAUAAAGAGAAAGUAGUGAAGUUACAGACUGGUUGCACGCUGCUGCUCUGUUUUCCUGCCUCUGCAACCAGGACAGGGAGUGAAAUCCUGUCUCUUCGGAGGCCAGAGAAAGUUUCUGAAUAAUCCAGGAAAAACUGCAUCUUCCUCAGUAUCAAUGCAUUUCUCAGAGGUUUCAGUCUCAAAAAUUUCACUUCUUGAUUUUUGUGAAUAAUUGGUCUGUAGUUGUACACAGCAGGUUCUUUUAAGUAUUUGUUUGAAGUGGCAUUGGUGUGGCUUUCCUGGGCAGGCAGGUCAGGUGCCUCUUUCCUGGCUGGACAAGUAUUUCUCUUGGAGCUGAAUUUACAGUACAAAUAUUCAUGUCUUGCAACCUCAGAGCUUGCUGAGACUUCUUUUUUUGAUAGGAGCAGUUGUUAGCUGAAAUUCUGGUAGAUGAAUGUAGAAGGGGGAGGGGUACCCUGCUGAAGCAAACCCUGUUGUAACCAUAGGAAAGUUUCAGGAGAGAAAGUUGGGGGAGGAUCCCAGCAGCUCCCUAAAGAGCUGUGAGUUAUAGAGUUCCCUCAGAGGGGAGCUGCAUGGGUUUGUUUUUAGAGGAGUUAAGCUGGGUUGCCAUGUGAGAUCAGAAGAUACCUCUUUCUGGGCACUAGUUCAUCAUAUUUGAAGAAUCAGUGUAUUUGUGGUAAGAACAAGAUUUUUCCUUAAUUUCAAUUCUUACAGCCAAAUCUUAGCUUCUUUGAGCACCAAAUCUGCUGUUCAAGCUGAUGUUGGACUAGACAUUAAGGAGUGCAGGAGCAGGUGGAAAAGGGUUUAACUGCAAAGCAGUACGUGAGCAUCAUGUGUUUUAUGUGCUGAGCUGUGGUUUCUUUUCACCUUAUUUUACCCAGGGUGGAACAUUUCUUAUUUUCAGCUUUGUCCCUGAAUUCAGUAGGAGGCAGCCAGCUCACCCACUGUGUUACUCGUGGCUUCGUGCACUGCACAUGCCAAUGGGGAAAUUUUCCUCUGCGAGGCUUUUCUGCAUUGGCUUUGCAGUUCCUGAGCCUUGUGGUGCACUUUAAGGAGAGCUUGGCUUUGGGAAAAGGAGCAAUGGGAUCUAAUGUGAAGCUGCCCAGAGUGGAAAAGUGAUGGGUGCUAGAAGUAAUCGUGCACUCAGGGCUGGCUCAAGGUCACCUCUUCCGUAGGUGACACAUCAGAGCCCUUGACUGUUGAGGACACCAGGCAUUUUAAGCUCUGCUUUUGCCAAAAACUGUAGCCCUUAUGAACUGAAAGCCUUCACAGGCCAGAGCCUUGUGCUCAGUACUGCCUGGCUGAUACCUUUUGUUUUUAAAAAGAACAAAAUUGCUGUGUUAAAGCUAUGCACUUAGUUUUGCGUGUACCUAGAAUUAGACGUACGUUGUCACCCUCUUUCUGAGUUUCGCACUUGUUAAACAAAGUAGUGCUAGGUAGGUUGUGCAGGAAGCAAACUGUGUGUUUCAAGUAUUAGCAGCUUUGCAUUGUGAAACCAAAGGUGUAAAACCCUUGGAAGAUAUUAUACAGCUUAAUAUAUGCCUUGUAAGAUAAUUUUUUUUCUUCUAAAGUUAAUUUAAACGUUGUAAUUGUUUGCAUAAAAGCCGGGACCGCGUGUGACAUCACCACUGACCCACUUUUGUGGCCCUUCCUCAAGCAUCUGUGGUAGGAAUGGGGUGGGAGAAAGACAAAUCAAGGGAAUGCAAGUAAAAUAUUGGUGAAUUUUUAAUUGCAUCACUUUUUGUCCAAGAAAUAAGGAUACCCAGGUGCUUGGAAGUCCCUAAGCAUUUUGUUACCAGCUGUAAUAUUUCUUUUGCUGAAACUCUUCAGUAAAUUGUGUGCAGGCAGACAGUGAGGCAUCCAGGAGAAACAGUGCUGGAUCAGCACGGACCAGCUCUCAGUUAUGUUUGGUAGUGGUUCAGCUCGAUUUCUCCAAGUCAGCUAGAGUACAGCACUCCUCCUUGGGCAGACCACAGUCUCCCAGUUUCUGCUAUCCAAAGCUGGUUUUACACAUGAUGCUGCCCCAGAUAUAGGACACUGUUAGAGACAGUGUGUAUGCAGCAGCUCAAAUAAACCAAAUUCUCACCAAUUCUGUUGAACUCAAGAGAUGUUAGUUUUCCUGGAGGGAAGGUCUGGAGGAGUGGUGUGUCUCCCUCCAGCCCAAGCACUAGCAGGACUUGGAUGGAGUACUACUGCCAUAUGUCAGCCCCGCUGAGCAGAGCGGCCCAGCUCUAUUUGUGCUGGCUUUCCCAGCUCUUUGAACUGUUUUGUGUUUUUGGGAAACUGUGCUGUAGCCAUUCCAGGUGAUGUCAGUGGUAACUAGUUGUAAAAUACUGUCAUUUUUUAUUGUUGUUGGUUGUAUAGAGAAGUUUUGUGUACAGUGUUUUACAGCUGGAGGGUUAUUUGUACAUAGGGGGGGAAAUGAAGGAUGUUAUGUGUCACCCCCAGCAAAUGUUGAUAUUGUUGGUCAGCCAAAGAUUUCUUAUUCUUUGCUGUUUAAAUUUGUGCCUUACUAUUGUAGAUAAUAAAUGUAUAAACAUGU